GGUCUUCCGGCUGGUUAUGUUGGGCCACCUCGGCCGGCGUGAAAUAGCGACGUUGAAAAUACUCAAAGUUUGGCCCGGCCACUAGGCCCCGGCUUGGCAUAGCUCUUGCUCUAUUGCUCACUGACUUUAGUUGCUUCCUCGCUUUUCAGCACGCACUCACUACUGCAUCCUCCCUCGUCCGGUAGCUAAGGCGAGCGCGUUUAUCCGCUGACAUGGAAACCAUUAUUCCUUUCCGGCCACCGUCCACUGAGAUUAAACGCGGUACAGGCAAAGAGGGGCGUGGGCUGCGGGUACUCAUGGGAAACGUAGUCCGAUUCCGGCGUUCAAGUAAUUGUGUCCUCAAGAGGUCCGAGGGAAAGAGAACACUCCGUUUUAAUUCAUUCAGUGGUCUGGGCUACAGGGACUCUAGGACAGACUAUCUCGCGAGGCAGAAAAAAAAAAAAGAAGGGGAGGAGUGUAAUUUUGAAAUUGUCGCUAAAUUCCAGUGAGACCUGUAAGAAUCUAGCGAGUUGAAAAAUUCUCGCGAUAUCUUAAUACGUCUGGCGUAAUUGGCCUCCUUGAGCUGCAGCAUUGGUGUAGGAGAAGCUCGCGAGAUCUCUGCAGUUGCCGAAGAGACGAAGAACUGGCGAGGUGAUCUCGCGAAAGAAAAUAGGUCGGGAGCACUCGCGAGAUCUCAGACCACUGGACUCAAAAGGUUCUUAGGAAGUUGAAGGGCUUGGAGGAGGCCCGGGAACAAAUGGCCGGAGCUGGACCAACGAUGCUGCUACGAGAGGAAAAUGGCUGUUGCAGCCGGCGUCAAAGCAGCUCCAGCGCCGGGGUUAGCUCGGGUUCUGGGAUUGAGGGGCUGUCGGGGAGCAAGAUGGGGGAACGGAAGGGGAACUGCAGGUCCCGGCAGCCUCUGGGCUUCGUGUGAGCGCCCCGCAGGCUGUCGGGAACUGUGGUUCCGCAGGCGGGCUGCAGCCGGGCAGCGCGGUCUGAGCGCAUGUUCCGCCCCCGCACAGGACUCUGACGGGGAGCGUGAGGAGGACUCGCCGGCUGCGCGCGCUAGGCAGCAGCUGGAGGCGCUGCUCAACAAGACUAUGCGCAUUCGCAUGACAGAUGGACGGACCCUGGUCGGUUGCUUCCUUUGCACCGACCGUGACUGCAACGUUAUCCUGGGCUCGGCGCAGGAGUUCCUCAAGCCAUCGGAUUCCUUUUCUGCCGGGGAACCCCGUGUCUUGGGUCUGGCCAUGGUACCUGGACACCACAUCGUUUCUAUUGAGGUGCAAAGAGAGAGCCUGGGGGGGCCUCCCUAUCUCUGAGCCCUGUCGCACAUGCCUUUCAGUCCUCAUUAAACUUGUAACUGACCGUAA